UAAUUUUAUAAGAUUACAACGCACUAUGGCGUAUGUAUUAAGAUUCAUUAAUAUUUGUAAAAAACAGCGUCCACCAACACAAUUCCUGACCAAUGAAGAACUUCAAAAUUCUUUAAUUGUUUUAUUAAAAUUAUCGCAAAUCGAGUCAUUUAAUGAACACAAUAUUUUAUUGCAGAAUAAGCGCUUGCCCGCAAAGAAUCAUCUGUUAAAAUUUAAUCCGUUUUUAGACAAUAACAAAGUAAUGCGUGUCGGCGGUCGCUUAGAUAAUUCAUUGUUUUCUUAUGAAAAGAAACAUCCUAUUUUAUUACAGUCCACUCAUCAUUUAACAAAAAUACUUUUUAAAUAUAUGCAUGUUAAACUUUUACAUGCUGGCCCUCGUUUAUUAUUGACUUCAAUUAGAGAAACUUACUGGCCAAUCGGUGGUCUAAAUUUAGCUAAACGAACUUUUCGUAAUUGUCAUUUGUGUUGUCGAUUUAAGGGAAAGGUAGUGAAUCCUAUCAUGGGUAACCUGCCGCAGCGACGUGUGACCGCGAGUGGCUAUCCCUUCGAGACCGUUGGCAUCGACUACGCCGGACCUAUCAUGUCAGCCAGUCGACAAGGACGCGGCUGUAAACUUGUCAAAGUUUAUAUUAUUGUUUUCGUGUGUUUCGCUACUAAGGCCAUGCACAUUGAGUUAGUAGGUGAUUUGACAAGUAAUAAUUUUAUGUCGGCUCUUCGUCGAUUUAUGUCACGUCGCGGCAAACCUAAACACAUUUAUUCCGAUAACGGGACCUCAUUCGUAGGUGCGUAUAAUGAAAUCGGUCGUUUUAUUAAAAGUUGUAACAAUUCGCUGCCUGGUGACCUAGCUCCUGAAGGUAUUGAUUUUCAUUUUCUACCUCCUCACGCCCCUCAUUUCGGUGGUCUAUGGGAGGCAGGCGUUAAAUCUGUAAAAUUCCAUCUUAAACGAAUUCUUGGUAAUUGUAACCUCACAUACGAGGAAUUAAACACUGUGCUGGUCCAAAUUGAGGCAGUUCUCAACUCACGUCCGCUAACGCCGCUCUCAGCAGAUCCUAGCGACCUGCUUCCAUUGACGCCGGGACACUUCCUCAUCGGCCGCCCACUCACCGCGCUGCCGACUGACUGCUACGAGCAACACGUCACAGGAACACUGAGCCGAUACCAACAUUUGGAGCAACUCCGCCAACACUUUUGGCGCAGAUGGAGCAAGGAGUACAUAUCGGAACUUCAGUUGAGGACGAAAUGGCGCUCUGAUCUCAACCCUUUACAGGAAGGUGUCCUCGUCAUCCUGAAGGAGGAUAAUCUACCGCCGCUGAAAUGGCGGCUGGGUCGAGUCGUGGCAGUCCAUCCCGGAGCGGACGGAGUAUCCCGUGUGGCUGACGUACGGACUGCGACAGGAGUCGUACGCCGCGCUUUUAGCAAGAUCUGCCCGCUGCCUCAAGACGACAUCUAGUUUUGUUGAAGGACGAGCCUUCAACGCCCGGGGGCAUGUUCGCGCCAAUUCGCCGUUUCACAACGCCUACCAUUUUACGACGAGCAACGGCGUAAUUUUAGGAUUACCGUCUAGAAUUAAGAAUUUUGUUAAUCCAAAUUAAUUUUUAACUACGUCAUUCUGUUCGCUGUUAUCGAUCAACUCGCAUUAUACGUCUCUUCCCUCUCUGGCAAAAAUUUGUUUUAUUCCGUAUAAAACUCACUAACUUUUA